AUGGCAGGGCAUGGCUGCCUGGGGCUAGGGCUGCUCUGCUGGGUCCUGCUUGCUGUUCCUGUGGGCCCCCAGCCUGCCUCCUCUACCCCAGGUGCCUCUCUCACCACUUUGACCCCACCACCACAGAGUGAGGCCUCUAUGCUGUCUCUCAACCUGGGACUAAACUUCAAAUUCCAUCUUCGGGGACCUGCUGCUGUCUGGGGGAGCCCUGUGACAGAGACUCAGCCUCUCUCUCCUGGUCCAGGCCAGGAGUCAGGGGAGGAGGUGGCAAGUAGGCUGAGGACUGACCCCCUUUGGGAACUGCUGGUGGGCUCUCUGGGAAACUCCUCCUCAGAGUGGGGCUCUGCUGAAGGCAGCUCUACACCCUGGGCCCCUUCCUGGUUUCCUGAAUCCACAUCGCCCCAUUCUGGGCCCACCAACAAGCCCACUGCUCCCUAUCAGCCCAGGAUGGGGACCAUGACCUGGGCCACUGCUCUUAUGGCCACAGCACCUCCAUCUAGUAUUCCCAGGCCCCAGCAGAGUGAGCUGGAGCUGAAGUUUGAUGUGGCAUUGAGGGCAGGUGCAGCCCCCACACUCGGGCAUCGAACAAUACCCCUCCUGCCCAGUCUGCGGGCCAGCCUGGCAGAGAUUGCUGGACGCCUGGGACCCUUUGGGUUCUUUGGCACUACUCUGUCCCCACUCCAGAACUUCUCAGGCCUGAGUCCCCCAGGCACAACAACACCCCCAAACUCUGCCACCAGAAUGUCAGAUUCUCCAGGGUUCUUUAGCACCACUCUGUCACCACCCCCAUCUUUUGUGGAGAGGAAGCUCUCAAGCCCAAGCCUGCCGGACCCAGCUACUUCCCUAAGCUCAGCUACAACUGAGACAACACAGAUGCAACAUGACUCCACCAUCCCCACCUCUGGUCCAGAUGAGCCCUCUCUUGACAGCCUUGGAAACCCUUCAGCACAGCCCGAAUGUGAGCCAGAGCCCUGCAACAAGGGAGGGAUGCCCGACCGCGAGGGGCAGCCUCCUGCCUCCCCACUGCCCCUUUUCUUCUUGACCCUGGAGGCCGACUGGGCAGAGGCCAGGGCUCGAUGGGGGCUGGCCUGGGAGGCUCACGUGUAUGGCGCAGGCGCCCUCUUCGGUCUGGUGGCCCUGCUGGCCCUGCUGGCUCUGGCCCUCUUGCCUUGGCGCUGCCCACCCGGCGCCCCCUGCCUGGCGCUUCUGGACCUGCUGCUGCUCUCGGCUGGGGCCACGCGAGCCUUUCCGCUCUUCUACGACGCCUAUGGACACCGCGAUCGGUUGCCUGCACUCGCCUGGCUGCUCCUGCAGGACCUUCCGCUGCCCUGCCUGGCCGCUGGCCUGGGACUGGCCUGCCUGUUGCUGGCCCGGCCGCGCCCACCGCGGUGCCCCGCCGGCCUGGCAGCGUUGCUGCUCCUGGGGCUGGGGCUGGCUGCCGCCGCCGCCCUGGGGAGCGCUGCCCACCGCCCGCUGCGGCCCCUACGGCUCGCCUCGCGCGGUCUCCAUGCCUUCCUCGCCACGCUCCUGUCCGGGCUUCUGCUGGCGCUUUCCUGCUGGGGGGGUCGGCGGCGGCGGGCCGGAGCGCCCCUGGGAGGGUCUGGCUUCAAGGGUGCCACCCCUGUGCCGCAGGCUCGCAGCCCUUUCGCCCCGCGGGAGUCCUGGCGGCGUGCAGCGCGCACUGCCCCGGUGGCCGGCACCUUUGGGCUGCUGAGCGGAGCCCUACAGGGCUACGAGGUGCUGCUGGCCCUGGGCUACGGCGGCCAACCUGGCCUGGAGGGGCCCUGGCCGUGGUGGGCCUUCCAGCUAGGCCUACGCCUGGGAGAGGUGGGCGUCGCGCUCCCAUUGGCCCUUCUGGGCCUCUACCCUGCGCUCUGCAGUCCCCGCGUGCCGCCGCGCUGCUGGGCCAAGCUCUUCCGCUUGUCCCCGGGCCAUGCGGCCCCGCUGCUGCCGGGAGGCUGGGUCACUGGACCCCCGGAAAAGGAGCCCCUGGGUAGCGCCAUCGCGCGUGGCGACGCGGAGCUGCUGCAGCUGUGUGCUCUAGCAGGGCCAGGCCCCGAUCUCCUACUCCAGGGCGGUGGCUGCCUGGGCUUCGAAGGCGCGUCUGCCAAACCUACCGCAUCCCCUGCCUCCUCCCCUUGCAGCGAUUGCACCGUGGACUUUCGCCCGCCGUCUCCGAUCAACCUGCGGCGCAGCAUCGAGGAGGCCCUCUGCAGCGAGGCGCUGCUGGCGCCCGGGCUCUUCCAGGGCCCCGCCUUUGGGGAAGCCCUGCCUGGGCUCAGCCUCUACCGCACCAUCUCGCUGGAAACCAAGCCAGAGAUCGGGCCCGAUGAGAGAUCGGAGGAGUCCCCAGGAUCCCCAGCGCCCCCAGAGCUCCCCUCUCCCGGGGCCUGGCCCGCGGGCAGCAGCGCUUCAUCAGGUUCCCUGUGCGGACUCUCACGGGACAGCUCGUCCAUGCUGCUAUGUUCCAGUCCCGACAGGCCCCCGCGCUGUCCACUGGUCUGCGUCCUCAGUCCCCCGCGGCCCUCAGGAAGCAGUCCCAGCCUCCCUGCCUCAGGAUCCUACCAGGCCCUGUCCCCACCCUCCCGCGACUCCCCAGAGCCUGCUCCUGAGCUGCAGACCGAGGAGGCCUUGCUGCAGGAGCAAUUUCUGGAUGCCUGCCGACAGAUUGACGAGCUGAGCACGGGCAGCGAUACCAUAGACCUGUGA